CGUGCCUGCUUCCCUGCCUCCCCCCUCCCUCCCCUCUCCAAGGCGAUCAGGAGGACGCUGUAGUUGCGGCGGUUGCUGCAGCUGCAGCUUCGUGGAGCUAUGGGCGAAGCGGCAGCCUGCAGCCAGCGGCUGGACCCUGAGCAGAUUGUGCUGGAGCUAAAGCAAGAGCAGCAGAUGAAACAAAUGCUAGAACACUCAAUAUACGAAAUGAAAAAUACAAUGGCAGAACUGGAGAAAAGGCUUGGCAGUGUUGAGGAUGAAGACAAUGAAUGGAAAACAAGGUAUGAAACGCAAAUAGAAUUUAACAGACAGUUAAAAAGGCAAAUUGGUCUUCUCCAAGGAAAGAUGGAGCAUGUUCGUGGUAGCCCAACAGACAGAUUGGCUUCUGUUCGCUCCUUUGAUCAAAUGCACCUGGAUUCUUUAAAUCAGUUUCUUAAACAACUGGAAGAAGAGAAGAAAGGUCUCCAGAACCAGCUGAAAGAUUAUGAGCUUAGAUUGGAUCAAGAAGCAAAGGCUUACCAUAAAGCUAAUGAUGAACGCCGCACAUACUUAGCAGUGAUUUCACAAAUAUCGGGAUCACAGAAAUUGUUUGAGAGACAGAAAACAGAUGGAGUGGAAAUCAAGAGGGAAAACCAGAUUCUCAAAGGAAAAUGUAAUAUUCCAAGAAAUCAAAGAAUAUUGGAUCCAAAGAAAGGGCCAAUUAAAAAGACUGCAGGAGUGAAGCAACUUCCAAAACUGAAGCUCUGAUUUCUAACUCCAGAGUUCUUUGCUCACUUAUUCUUUCCUUCCCCAGUAGUAAAUGGGAAUGUAAAGUGGAAUGUAUUUUUUUAAAAGACAGAAUAUAUUAAAGAAAGACCCCAGAUUUAACCACACACAGGAGCAAGUAACUCUGACUUUAUUUGGAUUUUCAUGGAAGGAGAUGUCUGUAGUAGCUCUGUGUUGUUGCAUGAUCUGCUCAUGAAUAUUCUGCAGAUACCUGCUGGAGUCUGCAGUUGGUUCUGGUAUCUCUUCUUGGUUAGUCCUCUACUUCCAGGUUUCUUGUAUCAUCAGAUUAAUAUCCUCCUUUCCCUGACACUACAACCCUGAUCUUGAUUAGGCCCCAUCACUGCUGCUAUUUGAGACACAAAAGCACUCAAGGACCAGUGAAGAGUUUAAUGUAGCUUGGCCAUGAGUCUAUAGUGGAAGUAAGAGAUGCACCAUCUGUUGUAAUUGCUUGGAUUGUUUUAGUCUGGUUUGUCCUGAAGGUGUUUAUAAGGUGUUGGAUGUUGUGAAGGCGACAACUGUGUGUUAGAUCCUUAUCCAUUGUGGAUCUAGAACUACCUUCAAAGAGGAUAAGGUCCCUGCAAUUUUUUAAAGAUAAUCCACUCAUGCUUUUGUAGAAUAAGUGGGUCACGGGCAAGUGGGUCAAAGCCAAAUUUGAGCUUAAGAGGAUCUUAUCUAUCUAGUUGCAGCCCUGUGCCCAAACUUCCUUUUCUCUUCUUCCUGUUGGAGAAGAUGGCAGCAGAGUGACUCUGAAUGUUCUUUCUGGGGUGCUUCCUUUCUCAACACGUUUCAAUCUGGCUUCAGACCUGGUUGGGGACAGACACAGCAUUGUUAAUCUUGGUGGAUGGUCUGGUCUGGAGACUGGCAAAGAUGGCAGGUGACAUCCAGCUAAUUGUCUCAUUAACUAAGCAUCCAAGAGCUAUAAUAUCUUUUCUUAAUCAGUGUCUGGGAGUUGAUGGACCAGAUUGACUGAAUCGAGGGAAGACAGGGCUGGUGGUCAUGGGAAAUCACUGGGUGGGUUCUGUUGUAAGGUUGAAAUAUGUCAGUGAUUGAUAGACUGAUUGUUAUCAGAUCAACACAGGUUUACAACCUCGAUAUUCCUGCCAUGUAGUAAUUUAAGGAGUGAGGUCAGAUUUCUCAGUAUUGCUGGUCUGCAGACUCCGGAAUACCUACAGAGUGUGCAGGUAUCUCUGUUGGCAAGAUUCAUGAGUCCCACUGCACAGAAGCAGCAAGAGUUUUUCAUUCUUCUUUCCCUGCUUCUGUGUAACAUGAUAUCUGAACUGGCCCUCUGAGCAGGUGUUUUCCCAGAAUCAUCAGUCGCCAUACAAUUACUUCCUGGCAGUCUGACGACAUGGAUGACCAACACCCUUCAUUUUUGGCUGAGGUAUUUUUUAAAAGGUACCUUCUGACUACGUGGUGGGGGGGAAAGUGCUUGGGAAGGCCCAGGAAAUGGAAGACCUAGAAGCCCUUCGCACAAACUCUCACCCAGAAUGAUACUGAUACAGAGCAGCCUGGAGAGACUGCGAGGCUGUUUCAUUCCUUACUGUAUAUGCGCUUCCCAGUCCAUUCAUUCUUGCUGCUAGAAAGCAAAAGCUUUCCCAUAUUGGAGAUACCGUGUUUCCCCGAAAAUAAGACAGUGUCUUAUAUUAAUUUUAGCCCCCCAAAAUGCUCUAGGGCAUAUUAGCGGUACAUCAGAAAUUACUGCUAGGUCUUACUUUCAGGGUAGGUCUUACUUUCGGGGAAACAGGGUAUAUACAGCAAGUCUGCACUCAUGCAUGUGAUUAGCCUCAGUCCCCACCCCACCCCCAUUUUUUGUCUGUCUUCUGAAAGCUCAGGGCCAAAUGAGAUGUGAUCCUAAUUGUGAACCUUGCGCGGUUUUUGUUUUGCUUACACACAAGGCUGCUCUGAAGACAGCCUGGGGGUGGGGUGCCAAAGAGGAGUGUGUUAAUCUUUUCUUCUGGUACCUUUCCCCCAUCUGAAAUCAGUCUUCAACUCCCAUAGCUGCUGUUUUCUUGGUUGGGCAAUGAUGAGUACAGAAGUGGUGAUGGUUAUUUUGAUUGUGGAAAGGGCAUGGGGAGUAUUAUCCUCUCCUAGAGCAACACUUCCCUGGUCUUCCAAACAGCUCUGUUUGACCACUAAUUAACAAAACAAGAUAUGCAGGAGAUCCUAACUGCAGGCAUCACAUUCCUGUCUAGUUUGUCCUGACUGUAUUUACCACUAACAGUAGGUCUGUGAUACAGGCAUCUAUUUCAGCCAAGGAGAAAAUCAAAUCCUCUCUCUAUAAUGGUAUCUAAAAUUGCCAGUGUUACAUGGGUUGAGCUAUAAAAUCAAUAUCCACAGCCUCUUUAUGUUGUCCAGAAAUCCAGCAUGUUUUCUUCUGUUUGCGUCCAACUUGUUUUAAAAGGAACUGAAAACAUUGUUCUAUACAAGUACUAUUAUGCAACUAAUAUUUGCAUUGCAUUCAGACUAAGUUAGUCAUUGACUACAUUCAUUAAAAUUAAUGUGACUUAAGUUAAUCAUGACUAACUUGUCUCAUUGAUUUCAGUGAUGUUCCAUCAUGACUGAUUAGUCUGGAUGCUGUCCAUGGUAAAUGAAGGACUCUGUUUUGAAACGUCUGGUUUUUUACAUUGUACUUAUGUAUUUUAGGAUAGUAAAAAUAAACUUUUGAAUUGUAGCUAUCUAAGUGCCUCUCUUUGUAGACUGUUUGUCAGGCAAAACCAAACAGAACUGGGAACUUAUCUAGAGGUUAUUCAUAAUGGCAUGCCUACCUUAAAUGUUUUCUAUAUACGUUUUAUAGCUGCUCCCCUCUUUUUCUCCAAUGAGCAUCAUAUUCAAUGAUGUUAUGUAUGGACAUCCCAGAGUUCUCUGCUGCUUAAAGUAGUAAUAGUUAUGUUCUCUGUAAUAUCUGAAAAUGCAGUAAUGUGUGCCCUGCAGUCACAGGUAUCAAAAUGUGUCCUUUUUCUAAUAUGUAACAUGUUUAAAUUGUAACAAAUUCAAUAAAAUUGUUAUUUUUAAAAAGUUA